AUGGACAAGGGAGCUGGCAGUGACUUGACGGUGGAGCUGCCGAAUAAAGAAAGGACACAGGCCUCAAAGGACCAUGUGCCAUUGUACUUGGAGAAGGAGAACUCUCCAGUUGAUGAGAGCCGGCUCAACGAGCUGCUGGCAAGCGGUGUUGCUGCAACGGCUGGUGUGGAUGCUGAUUGGCUUGAAGCUCAAGCCAAGGUCCGCAGAGCCCGGAGGGAAGUUGCUGGUGAUGGGGGGGCGCAGGAGCCCCCACAGAAGCGCCCCAAAACCAGAGGCAGGCCUAAGAAGGCAGCAACAAAGCCGGUGGAGAGUGGUGCCCCACCGCCGAUGGAGAGUAGUGCCCCGCAGCAGCCGAUGGAGAGUAGUGCCCCACAGAAGCCGAUGGAGAGUAGUGCCCCACGGCAGCCGAUCGAGGAGGGUGCCGCAGAGCCGAUCGAGGAGGGUGCCACAGAGCAGUCGUCGAUCGAGGAGGGUGCCGCAGAGCCGAUCGAGAAGGGUGCCACAGAGCAGUCGAUCGAGGAGGGUGCCACAGAGCAGUCGAUCGAGGAGGGUGCCGCACAGCCGAUCGAGGGUGCCCCGUCGCAGUCGAUCGAGGAGGGUGCCCCGUCGCAGUCGAUCGAGGAGGGUGCCCCACAGCAGCCGAGCAUGGUGACUGGUGGUGCAGUUGGUCUUCCCAUCAAGACGAAGAAAGGCGAAGCACCAAGCCUACUGCAGGCUGGUAUUCCCUUGCCAGCUGGCUAUGGUGUGGAGAGUGAAAUGUUGCACAAGAGCUACACGAUCAAGUAUGACGGCCCUGGCGACCACAAAAACAUAUCUACGAUAGGUGUGCUGUGGGCCAACGGCCAGCUUUACGUCAACAGAGUGAUGAAUGCCAAAGCUGCUGGGGAUGCGAAUGUCAACAUCAACAAGAAGAAGGGGGCCACGGUGAACGCCCGUAAGAAGAAGGGCUGGCUCCCCGUAUUCGAGCUUGCGAAGCAGCUCGGAGGCUGGCCAUAG